UUACCUUAACAUUGAAAGUCUUCACCACAGUAGGCUUUCUCUUUUCACUCAAACAACGUCUCAAUACAGAGACCAGCAAAAAAAACCAGUCGUUGGUUGCUUGAGGCUCGUCUCAAAUUUCGUAUUUUUCCAGGUCGAAGAUGAAAAUGGUGAAACUUACGUUGCAAGUAUGCCAUCUAAGUUCAGAAAAGCUAUAUGGAUUCGUAGAGGACAAUUCGUUGUUCUCCGACCUAUCGAAGAGGGUGAUAAGGUGAAAGCGGAAAUUGAACAUGUCUUGGAUGAAGAGAACAUUCUGUACAUUAGGUCUAUAAACAAGUGGCCCGCUCGAUUUGAAGAGCAGGCUCGAAUGAUGACAAGAGAUGCUAAACGAGGGGGAAAAGGGGAAGACACCAUGAUUGACGACGAUAUGCUACCACCAACUGACAGUGAUGAAUAUGAGAGUGACGAGGAGCAGACAGAUGAUGAAGAAGAGGAUGAUGUUUCGGCUGAAAAUUCGGAAGAUGAUAAUCAUGAGUUGAAUUUGCCUCAGUAUAACCCAAAUCGUGAUAAAGCGCCAACAAGCACAUAG